AUGGAGAUAAUGGUAGCAUUUAUGGCAAUCCAAACAAAGGAGAGUAAGGAAGUUCAGUCAGACUGUAGACAUCUGGAGGAGUAUAAAACGUUGAAUAUUAAGAUGGAGCACCAUUAUCGAGCAACUAAUCAAAGAGAUUCAAUUUAUCCAAUGUCAUUCGGUCAAUAAAAUAGCGCCUUAGGGUUUGGAUAAGGACGGUUCAACUAAUCAUAGAAAAACUCCCCAAAUCUUAGCAAUAGUGGUUCUCAAGACAAAUUGAAUAAUCAAGAAUAAAGCAACAAUAAUUCCAAAACAAGAAAGCUCUGA